GGUAGGCUUGUGGGUAUCAUUACAAAUAUAAUAUUACGUAGCGGCGAUGAAUUAUUAGAUUCUAGUCACGAACAAGGUUAUUUGGGUAAAAUAAGAAGAUUUAAUGAAUUGUUAGAAACGCUCCAGGAAACCUUGGAGAAAAUUAAGAUGACUUAUUAA